AGUAAUUUAAUUCCGAAAUCUAAUUUGGUGAACCUAUCACGAAUCAGUAGCAGUAGCUUUGAUUCCGCAACGGGACGGCACGGUCGCGCUCACCAUUGUUGCACUCAUUCCGAUCAUACUCCCGUCCCCAUAACAAAGUUCUAGAAACCACCAAUCAACACUAAUCCUCAUUCUUCGCCUGGCAGUGGCAGAACAUGAAGCUGGGGCUGAUUUUCCUCUUCAUUUCACUACUGCUCCCAUUUUCUUCUUCGUCAAAACCCAGCAACCCAUUCCUUGGAAUCGCUCCUCAAGAUGACAAGUAUUACAAAUCUUCCGAUGUGAUCAAGUGUAAAGAUGGAUCCGGAAAAUUCAACAAAGACCACCUCAAUGAUGAUUUCUGUGACUGCCUUGAUGGCACCGAUGAGCCUGGUACAUCGGCAUGUCCGCGUGGGAAGUUUUAUUGUCGGAAUGCGGGGCAUUCUCCGGUUUACCUGUUUUCUUCUAGAGUGAAUGAUGGAAUUUGCGAUUGUUGUGAUGGAACUGAUGAAUAUGAUGGCAAAGCAAAGUGCCCAAAUACGUGCUGGGAGGCUGGGAAAGUUGCUCGGAAUAAGCUGAAGAAAAAGAUUGCCACGUAUCAAGAGGGCGUCAAAGUGCGAAAGCAAGAAGUUGAACAGGCUAAAUUAGCUAUGGAGAAGGAUGAGGCUGAACUUUCAAAAUUGAAAAAUGAAGAAAGUGUACUUAAAGGGAUUGUGAAACAGCUUAAGGAGCAUAAAGAACAAAUAGAGAAGGCGGAAGAGAAGGAGCGUUUAGAGAAGGAAAAAGAAGAGAAGCAGAAAAAGGAGGCUGAGGAGAAGUCUAGUGAAAAAGAAAUUAAAGCUGAUGAAGAUGUGGAACAUAACAAUGAGGUUGAAAUGCCUUCACAUGUUGAAGACAAUGAUGUGGCAAGUAACCAUGAUAACAUUGAAAUUCAAGAAGACUCUCCCACAAAUCAGGACGGAGCAGGGGACAAAUUAGCAGACGCACUUGAUAAUUCUGAUGGAGCCACUGAUAGUCCUGGAAGUGAAGGAUCUUUGCAUCAUAAAGUAGAAGAGGUUUUGUUGAAUGCAAAAGAAGCUGAGGAAGAGCCUGCUGUUAAACCCGAAACUGAUUUAUUGACCGGAAAGGAAGACUCUUCUGAAGAAGUCAUCAAUACGGGGAAAGAUGUAUCUGAAAAUACUGAGGGGUUAUCAAAGGAGGAAUUGGGCAAGCUUGUUGCUUCUCGUUGGACAGGAGAAGAUACUGGUAAGAAAAAUGCCGAAGCUGAUACCUCAUUAGACAAUGAACAUCAGGAUGAUCUCCCAAACGUCGAAGAAUAUGAAGGAUAUGCUUCUGAAACCGACGAUGACAAUCACAAAUAUGACGAAGAAGAUGAAAACGAGGAAGAAUAUCGAGAAGAAGAGCAUCAUGAUCAUGACCUUAGUUCCUCCUACACUGAUACUGAACCAGACUUGGCAGAUGAUUCCACAACAGAUAGUCCUUCUUGGUUAGAGAAGAUACAGAAUUCUGUACGGAAUAUUUUUCAGGUUGUUAAUAUAUUCCAGACUCCAGUGAACCAGUCAGAUGCUGCUCGUAUACGCAAGGAAUAUGAUGAAUCAAGUACCAAGUUGUCUAAAAUACAGUCUAGAAUAUCGAGCCUGAAAAAAAAGCUAAAACAGGAUUUUGGUCCAGCAAAGGAGUUUUAUUCAUUCUAUGACCGAUGCUUUGAGAGCAAGCAGAACAAGUACACUUACAAGGUCUGCCCCUAUAAACAGGCUUCUCAGGAGGAGGGCUAUUCCACCACCCGCUUGGGUCGCUGGGACAAAUUUGAGGAUUCGUACAAAGUAAUGGUAUUUUCUGAAGGUGAUAAAUGCUGGAAUGGCCCUGAUAGGAGUUUGAAGGUCAGGCUGAAAUGCGGGUUGACAUAUGAGAUUACUGAUGUAGAUGAACCAAGCCGCUGCGAGUAUGUAGCUUUAUUAGCUACCCCGGCCCUUUGUCAUGAAGAAAAGCUGAAGGAAUUACAACACAAACUAGACAAACUGAAUUCGGAAAUCCCAGAAAAACAUGAUGAGUUGUAAACAUUCAGGAUGGAUUUUAGCAGGUAGUAUGGAGAUCAUAGAGCAACUGAAGAAGUGGUUCCCAUAAGUUUUGUAUGGUAGAGCUUACCCAAAUUUGAUAUUGGUUGGGGUUAGGGAGGGCAUAGGAACGGCUUUGACUUGAUGUUUGGUAAUCCUUAUGGCCGCAACGUUCUACUAAUGACUAAUCCCAUUGCACAUUUUUCUUUUAUUAACUCACAAUGACUACCUGGUCUCUCUGUCUCUCCUUGUACUUGUCAAUUCCAUUUCCAAAUACUUGAUAGCCAAAGUAACUUAUGCCAAUUUUUUGUUAGAAUUGGAUUGGCAAUAUGUCAAUUUUUAGAUGGAUAAAUGGUUCGAACAACCAUCAUCUCUCUAAUACCAUACUGGAAAUAUGUGGAAUUUGCAUA